CUGAGGGCAAAUGGGGACAAAUGUGAGCGAAAUUUAAAUUUCGGAUCGGAUCGGUGGAUCCUACUGCAAUGCCAACCUGUGCCGGUUACAGUAACUAGAUCGUGCACUCACGGUUUUAUGAGUCAGGAUGGGAAAGAAGAAAAACUACGUAGCCGAACUAAAUAAGUAUGCACGGGCGACGGAUGUGAAAUAUGAGGACGUGAAAUAUGAGGACGUGGGCUUUGAGGGACCUGAUCACAGUAAAAGAUUCUUCAAGAGGGCUGUUGUCAGUGGUCAAGGCUUUCCCAUUGGUGUCGGGAGUAACGAAAAGCAAGCCAAGCAGAAUGCAGCUAAAAAUGCCCUGAGAUGCCUGAGCGAGAAGGAGAAUCCGAGACCAGAGACAGAAACUGCUGCAAAAAAAUGCACAAGUGCUGCUCGAGGCUUGUUCACUGAAUUUGGCCAGAAGAACAAGGUGACUGUAAGGGCUUCGGAGUCAACCAGACCACAAACAAAUAUUGCUACUCAAUGCUGUAGCUUUGUGGUUGGUGAUAAGGAGUAUCCAGCUGCCACUGGGAAAACUAAGAAGGAAGCUGCCCAGCUUGUGGAUGAUGAAAUAUGUGGCAGUAAAACUACUGAGAUGCCCUCCUGUUCAGCCCUGUCUGAUGAUGGUGCACCAGCCAGACCAUCCACACCAACUACACUGGAGUCCUGUGAUGCUCAAUCAAAAAGCACGGCAACAUCUAUUUUCACCAAUUCAGCAAAUCCUCCCAAGGAUCAGGAACAAAAUCCUAUUAGGAAGUUCAAAAGGAGAAUUUUACCAAAUUCACAGGAUGCCUCUCAAAGCAGCAAUGAGGAUGUGACGAGUCCUGUAAAACUGAAUACAGGAAACAGCCCCAGUGAGAAUACGUCAAAUCAGUCAGUAUUCUCGAGCAGGUUUAAAUCAGAAUUCGACUCCAUAGAGCAGCUCGGCAAAGGAGCCUUUGGUCAUGUUUUCAAGGCAAAACAUAAACUGACGGGGAAGGAUUACGCUGUAAAGAUUGUCCGCUGUAAAGAAAAAGCUCUACGAGAGGCGAAGGCGUUAUCAGACAUCGAUCACUGCAACAUUGUUCGAUACUUCUCGUGUUGGUUGGAGGAUACAGAAUACCAGUGGGACAGAACAGACGACAGCUGCAGCACUUCAACAUCCUCCAAUGGUAACUCCACAGUGAAGUUCCUCUAUAUUCAGAUGGAGUUGUGUGACACCAAAACACUGAAAGUGUGGAUAGAGGAGCAAAAUAUUCUGAAUGUGACGAAAUCUCGACGAGACUCCCAGAGAAGAGCAAAAGGUCUAGCUAUCGCUCAGAAAAUUCUCAGUGGAGUGGAGUACAUUCACUCCAAGAUGCUCAUCCACAGAGACCUGAAGCCUGCCAACAUCAUGUUCAGGCAAGAAGGAGAAGUGAAAAUCGGAGAUUUUGGUUUGGUCACUGAGGAGAAUGAUGAUGAUGCCGAGAACCUGAUGGAGAGAACUGUGUACAAAGGAACCCCAUCUUACAUGGCCCCUGAACAAAAGCGCCAGAGGAAUUAUGACCGAAAAGUUGAUAUAUUUGCUAUGGGGCUGAUAUGCUUCGAAAUUCUUUGGAGAAUUUCCACUGGUCAUGAAAGGCAAGCGGUUUGGGAAGACGUCAGAAAACAGAAAUUUCCCCAAGAGUUUCAAUACAGAUUUUACCAAGAGUACAUCAUAAUAAGGCCAAUGCUGUGUGAGAAGCCAGCAGAGCGACCCGAAGCAUGUAAACUAAAGAUGGACUUGGAGGAAUGCUCUCGCAAACUCAACGCUGACGAAAUUGUGCGCCGUGGCAGCAGGACAGUCUGAUUAUCAAAAGACAGAAAAAAAAUCACACCAGCUAUUUUAUAUUACCACUGACAUGUAAGCAGUCUGUUUACCUGUGCAAUAAUUAUAUGCAACUUCUCUAAUUUUGUGAAAAUUAUGCAUGUGUCAUUUGAAUCAGGCCAAGAACGAAAUGGAUUUUAUAUUUUACCAUCCAUUUUGUCUUAAUUUGAGCUUGUCGUUAAAAUUAAACCAGACAAUAAAGUGAAGCGACUUCAAAAUAGCCUUGAUUCGCUGUUUUAUGUGUGACCACAACACUGAGGUCAAUGCCUCGUCUUGUCCUUGACACUUUGUUACAGUAAGUUACGUUUUUUUUGGAAGCAAGUUUAAGUUUUUUAU